AUGACCAUCCCUGAAGAGGAACUGAGUGAAUUCGCCAAAGCAACUCAGUGCUUACUGCCAUAUGGGGCAACGUACCCCCCUCUCAUCAUUGAUCGAGCAAAGGGAGUUUACGUGUAUAGUGGUGAUAAGAAGAUCUUGGACUUCACGUCCGGGCAAAUGUCUACGCUGAUUGGGCAUGGCCAUCCGGAGAUAGUCGAAACGAUUUCACAUUACGCAAGAAAUUUGGAUCACCUCUAUUCAGGAAUGAUUUCUCCUCCCGUUAUUGAAUUAGCGCAAAAACUGACUUCUUUGUUGCCAAAUGGGCUUGAUAGAGCGCUGUUCUUAAGCACUGGGUCCGAAGCAAACGAAGCUGCAAUAAAGCUUGCCAAACACUACACAGGAAAGUUUGAGAUCGUGGGAUUAUCUUUGUCUUGGCACGGUAUGACGGGAGCUUCUAAUGGUAUUACUUACCAGACAGGUCGUAAAAACCACGGUCCAAUGAUUCCUGGAAACUUGAUGUUGCCAGCUCCCAACGCGUAUAGAUCCAUUUUCCGCCACCCUGAUGGAAGUUACGACUGGGAAACAGAGUUAGAUUAUGGCUUCUCAAUGGUCGACGCUGCUUCUGUGGGAUCUUUGGCUGCUGUCAUCUUGGAACCUGUUCUGAGCUGCGGUGGUAUGCUAGUGUUACCAGAUGGCUAUUUAAAAGCCUUAAAAAAACAUUGUGAAAAAAGAGGCAUGCUUUUGAUAGUGGAUGAAGCUCAGACUGCUAUUGGUAGAUGUGGAGAUAUGUUUGGAUUUAUGUCCCAUGGUGUUGUGCCUGACAUCUUAUCUUUAAGCAAAACUUUGGGAAAUGGUAUACCCCUGUCUGCUGUCGUUACAUCUAAUGAAAUUGCACAAGAGACCGCAGACACCGGCUUCUUGUUCUACACAACACAUGUCAAUGAUCCUAUGCCCGCAGCGGUGGGGGCAAAGGUCCUAGAUAUUGUUAUUCGUGAUAACAUGGUGGAGAAUUCAAGAAGGAUGGGGGAUCUCUUCAGAGAGGGACUUAAGAAGAUACAAAAAAAGCAUAAACAGAUUGGUGACAUAAGAGGAAGAGGAUUGAUGAACGGCAUCGAAAUCAUCGAUCCUGAGACUAAAGAAGCCGACGCGAAACUUGCAGGUGAGCUGGCUUCAUCAAUGUUUGCAAAAGGUCUGUCGGCCAACCUAAUUGCUGUUCCACAGUUUGGCGGUGUGUUUAGAAUUGCCCCUCCGAUUUCAAUAACGGAGGAUGAAAUGAAAGAGGGUCUUUCAAUUAUGGAGGCAGCUUUUGAUGAAGUAUGCGGCUAA